AUGCGCCCCGCCUCCCUCUUUGCCGCCGUCCUCCCCCUCCUUGGCCUCGUCCUCGCAGAGGAAGGCUCAAUCUCUGGCCCCACGACCUCCUCUGCCGCCGCCGGUUACUCUUGCGAUCCCUCGAAAUGCCAGCUGCCCAACUGCCACUGUGCAAGCACUGAUCCUCCGGGUGGUCUCGCUGUUGAAGACACGCCCAUGUUCAUCGUCUUCACCGCCGACGAUGCCAUCCAGAGCUACACCCUUGACUCUGUGAACCAGUUCCUGGCCCAGCGCAAAAACCCGAACGGCUGUCAGCCCAAGAUGACGUACUACAACUCCAUCGACUACACCAACUUCACACUCGUCACGGACUGGUACGUCGCCGGCAACGAGAUUGCGGACCACACAAUGACGCACGUCGGCACGCCCCCCGAGAACGAGGUCGCGGGUAAUCUCAUUGCCCUCAACCAGCUCGCCGGCAUCCCGCUCUCGUCCAUCAUCGGUUUCCGCGCGCCCUUCCUCAACUACUCGGUUGACACCCUCAAGCUCCUCGCCAGCAUGGGCUUCACCUAUGACUCCUCAUCUAGCGCGUCUAUCCCCGUCACUGAAUCAGACACUGAUGCCUACUGGCCGUACACGCUGGACUAUGGCAUGGCCAAUGACUGUCUCGCCGUCGAUGGCCUCUGCAAGGGCCAACCCCAGCUCCCCGGUUUCUGGGAGCUCCCGAUGUACGCCACCUUCGACAACCGUGGUAUCAACGGUCCCCAUCUGAUGGACCCCUGGCUUGACGCUGCCAACGGCGAGACUGCAGUCAACGACACUGCGACGCUCGAGUACCUCAAGAACACCUUCAUGGCCCACUACAACGCCAAGCGCCAACCCUUCGGUCUCUACACUCACCCCAUCCACGUCUCGCUGAGCGUCCCGGGCUCCACCGCUUCGACGAAGACGAUCGCGAUGAUCAACCAGUUCCUUGACUGGGCACAGCAGCAGCCAAACACUUGGAUUGUCUCCUCUGAGCAGCUCCUCGCGUGGGUCCGCAACCCGACCAAGCUCUCGGACCUCAACAACUUCGCGCCUCUCAAGUGCUCCACUCCCGCGAUCGACGACUCGGUCAAGAUCUGCAACGGUAUGCCUUCGCACGAGGCUGGCCUGAUCCAACUGUGCCCCUUCUCGGACUUCCCCUUCUACACUUGCUAUGGCUGCCCUGCGGACCACCCCACGCCUUCGGACCCGAGCCCCGCACAAUCGACGGUGUCCUCCGCUCCCCGCGUCCGCAUCGCGUCCAACUGCUCGACGCCGUUCUGGGACCCGGUCAAGGGCGAGUGCCUCUGCACGUCGGACUCGUGCGCCUUCACCGACACCUCGCGCCCGAUCGGCCCCAACGGCGCAAACCUCACCGGCGACAGGAUCAACUCGUCUGACGGCUCCAGUGCGAGCCAGAGCUCGGACCCCUUCCCGCGGCCCGCACUUCCCGCUGGCGUGCUUUCCGCGCUCCUCGUUGGGGUCGUCGGUGCCUUCGUUGGCGCCUUUGCCGCCGUCGCGCGUGUCUGA